GCAACCGGCACCAUGGACGCAGAAGGCGACGGCACCGGCGUCUCACAGGGCGUGGCGGCCCUGCAGAUGGACGCAGCCCCGGCCACUUCCAUCGGCUUGCAGACCCCGCUGAACAGCAUUGAGUCCUCCCUCCUGCGGGACUGGCUCGAGGACCCCCAGCACCAGGAGGCCGCUUUCACGAUGCUUGUUGGUUGGGCUGUCCUCGAGGCUAUCCUGACGAGGCUGGGGUACCACGCGGACUCCGAUGACCACUGGAUGGCCUUCGGGUUCGCCCUGCACGAAGGCCCCGACCCGACGGAGCAGGCUCUGGCGGCACGCCUCCGCACGAUCAAAUUCCUCUGCUCCCUCGCCUCCUACGGCCAGUGGGCGGCCAGCAGGCUGCCACUGUGGAAGGAGCUCGGCACGGACGCCACGCAGAUGCUCCGCGACACCACGAACUUCGCCGACGACACGCUGCUACUCAAGUGGUCCUCCAUCCUCAUCCCCUCCCUGGAGACGGUGCGGAUCCAGGAGGCGCGCACAGUGGCAGCACUCAUGGAGAAGGGUGACGUCAAGGUUUGGGAGCAUCUCCGAGGCCUGGCUGUCACCGUGUGGACCCCUGCGGACGCCAACGCCCUCGCCCGCCUCGUCUCUGCCCUGCUGCGCAAGGCCGGCUCGGCGGACUGCCCCGUCAGCGCCCGCUUCGUGUCCACCCUCCCGCUGGCCCAUGGCAUGGACUCCGUGGAGAACGUGAUUCUGCCGGGGCACAGCGGCCCACGCCGCACGAGGGUGGGUCUUGCCGUCGUCCAGCUGUCCUCUACAGGUGCCUGGUCGCCCCCAGGGAUCCACGGCUUCAGGCCUUCCAUUUUGAAGGUGGACCCGCGCAGCCAGGCGAGCACGCCGGAGGUUCCGAGGGUCACGGUGGAUCUCAUUUUCCCCUCCAAGCAGCCUCCCGUCACCCAUUAUCUCCAACUCCGCCACCUUCGACACGCGACUUUCCCCAACUCCACGUUCUUCGGCUCCACGCUCAUAUAUGGCGAUCCCGACGCCAUGAUUCUCGAGUUCAGCAGCCCUCGUGCCCUGCAGCAUUGUUGGCCUCUGUGCACGCAGCUC